AUGAGACUCUUAGAGAAGAUUAAAAUAAACUCACAACAGAGAUGGAUGGUAUGUUAUAAACUUGGUGGAAAGUAUGAAUGUUCUACGUUAAACCUCAAUAAUAUUGGAACAUUACUACAUCAGCGCUUGAAGGAGAACUUUAUAUCAGAGAUAGAAGCAAAUGCUGCAGGUAUUGUUGAAAUGCACUAUGACUUCUUCUUGACAAACAUAAAGAAUCUUACUGAAAUAAAGAUGUAUGAUUUAACAGAAUAUGAAGGCUUAACGAUGUCAGAUGUAAAGAAAGGAAAGCCACAGAAGCGACCAUAUAGAGAUGAAAGCACACUGACAGAAAGACAGAAAAGAUUAUUGAACAGACUUAAACAAACAGGAGAUAAACAAGAUAUAGAUGACUUCUGGAAUGAAAUCCUUGGUGAAAAGAAGUUUUAUAAGAAGAGAAGCGGUCAGUUCUGGAAGUAUCUUUGCACAUUACCUAUAAAUCUUGAACGCUACCAAAUCUUCAAUGAACUGAACAAAAGAACUGCAACACUUAUGACAGAAGACAAUUGUUUCGUUUAUGCUUGCAUUCAGGCUGGAGUAAAUGAAGAAACUAUUGACCACAUGAGAGAAGUCAUUCGUGUUAGAGACUUUCCUCAAAGUAAAGUACAAGAAAUUUCUGACGCAACCGGUAUAGCAAUUAAUGUUACCAUUGGUUAUUUCGACAACUCCAAAGAUAACAGAAUAAUUCACUACAUACCAAAAGAAUGUGAAACUGCUCGAACUAUUGACUUACUUCUUGUUGAACACCACUACAUGCUAAAUGAAAGAUUACCAAUGACAACAUAUUUCAUUCACAACUAUAUAGAAAUCUUGAAGGAGUGUGGUGGAAUGAACAUUGAGAAACAGAUGAAGAUUUAUACAAAGAGAGAAGAUAAAUAUGUAGUUCGUUAUGAUAGAACAACACCGUUAUGGGAUGUUAUGAAAACAUUGUGGGAGUGCAAAUAUUUCGAACCUAUUUCUUAUGGAGAACUUUUCACAUAUACGACUGACUUAUAUAAACAGAACCUUGCACCAUUUAAAGAUUUGACAUAUGCUCCAAAGUAUUGUGUACAACUGAAGAAGAAAGCAGAGUCAAAAGAAGUAAAUAAAAAUAAGUGCAAGUUCAUUCCUGAGCACGUUUUCUUUGCUGACUUUGAAUGUAGCACAGACAGCUUUCAUAAAGCUUUUAACAUAUGUUACGACAGUGAAGAUGGUUCAGUGAGUGAAAGCAUUUGGGGUCAGAACUGUGCAACAGAAUUUUUGGAACGACUUCCUGACAAGAGUUUAAUAUAUUUCCAUAACCUCAGUUAUGAUAUAAACUUCAUCUUAAGACACAUGACAGAAGUGAAAGGAACUCCCAUCAUUAAAG